UAAAAAACCAAACCGUUUAUGAUUUCGGUCCGGUUUUCGGUAAUUUUUGUACACCUUCAGCAGGGGCACUUUCCCACACUGGUGGAAAAACCCUAGUUUUAUAAACCCCUAAUCUUUUCCACUGCUUUCCGUUGCUGUAACCCGUGCGCCCCCUUAGCCGCCGCAAUGCCGCCCAAGUUCGACCCAUCCCAAGUCGUCGACGUCUACGUCCGCGUCACCGGUGGCGAGGUUGGUGCCGCCAGCUCUCUCGCCCCCAAAAUCGGUCCUCUCGGUCUGUCACCCAAGAAGAUCGGUGAAGACAUCGCCAAGGAGACAGCCAAGGACUGGAAGGGUCUCCGAGUUACCGUCAAGCUCACAGUCCAGAACCGCCAAGCCAAGGUAUCCGUCGUACCCUCGGCGGCGGCCCUCGUCAUCAAGGCUCUCAAGGAACCCGAGCGCGAUCGCAAGAAGACUAAGAACAUCAAGCACUCGGGCAACAUUUCGCUUGAUGACGUCAUCGAAAUUGCGAGGAUCAUGAGGCCCAGAUCGAUGGCCAAGGACUUGUCUGGCACGGUGAAGGAGAUUCUCGGGACGUGCGUGUCCGUUGGUUGUACCGUCGACGGGAAAGACCCUAAGGAUUUGCAGCAGGAGAUUGCGGACGGUGACGUCGAGGUUCCUCUAGAUUGAUCGUGCGUUUUCUUCGCCAUUGAGGUUUUAUUCAGUUUCUUUGCUCUGCUGCUUGUUUGGUUAAAUUUCCCUUCUCCACUUCCGCGUUUUAGAGUAUUGUAACGUUGGACUGCAGGCUAGACUGUGAGUUUUUAAUUAUGUAAUUUUAAUUUGCAUUUCUUGGAUUUUUGAUUAGGUGACAAUACAAGUUUAUUUGAGAUUUUGUCAUGAAGUUAUGCGAUAUAGAGAAUGCAAUUACUAUUUCGUUUU